GUCACAAAAUUCCUAAUUAUGUAUUUGGCAAAUAUUUUUUGUAAAUAAGCUUUUUGUAUAUUUAUAUAAUGUCAGCCACUGAAGUGGACGAUGUGCUGAAAUUGAUUGGGUGUGGGUCCAUGCAAGUGCUUAUGGUUUUUUCCUGUGGCAUGACCUGUUUGUAUCUGAUUAACGAAAUCAUGGGCAUUAAUUUUGUCUGUGGUUCCAUUGCGGAAGACUUUCAAAUGAACAACGUGCAACUUUCGCUGCUGGCAAGCUCUGCGUUCCUUGGCUUAAUUCUGGCCACGCAUUACUCGGGAUAUAAGUCAGAUCAAAUAGGUCGGCGUAUAGUGAUGCUCUACUCGCUGGGUCUAGGACUUGCGGCCUCUCUGAUAUCUAUGCUUAUGCCUAGUUUUCCCGUUUUCUUGCUCUUUCGUUUCCUCACUGGCUUAAUGCUUUCUGGCGGCUCUUGCGUUUUCCUUACUUAUAUAACGGAGUGCACACAGAUAACGUUUCGUCCGCACAUUGUGACAUUCAUGAGCUACUUCUUCGCUUUGGGCUGGAUCUAUGUACCGGGCGUAGCUUACUUGUUUCAGCCCUUGAAUCGCAUUGUGUUCAGCUGGGGCACUUUCGACAUAUGCCGCUGGCGCAUUAGCUUGCUGGUGAACGCUAUUCCUGGUUUUGUGGCGUUUGGAACUAUGUUUAUACUGCCGGAGACGCCAAAGUUUCUUUUGUCCAAACGUAAGGAUGAGCGCGCCUUUGCAGUGCUGAAUCGUCUGUGCAUCAUCAAUCACCGCAAAGACUUGAAAAGCUUCGGCGUUACCAGCGUUUGGCAGGACAAUGUGCAGGAGGACCAAUCUCCACCCAGGUGCUGCUUGAUACAAAUGUGGCUGGAUACAAAGCCACUGUUUAAGCCACCCUAUGUGCGCCCAUUUCUGCAUGUGACAGCUGUCGUCUGUUGCUUAUUCUUUGUUGGUAACGGCCUGGUCACCUGGUUCUCAAAGCUGCGCUCUGACCUGACUAAUGAGAAGGAAACUAUGUGCGGAGAUUUUAGUUGCGAGCCGCGUAACAACACUAGCGGGGCUGAUGACAAGAGCAAAUCUAAUGUUUACAUGGAUGGCAUUAUACUGGGCGUAACAGCACUGAGCACUUUUAUUUUCACGAGCAUACUGUUGGUGUGGGUGAAACGUUCACUUAUUCUGUUCAUAAACUCAACAAUCGCGUUCCUUUGUGGGUUUAGUCUGAACUUCUGGACGAAUCAGCACGCUAUACUGAUUGCGCUUGUGGUAUUUCUUUCGCCGAUGGCAUGCAGCAUUUCGUUGGCGGGAUCUGCUCUGUGCGACGUCAUGCCCACGCAUAUGAGAGCCAAUGCUGUUAGCUUGGCCCUGACGUUUGGUCGCCUUGCGGUAAUUAUAGCAAGCGGUAUACUUGGCUUCUUCUUCUGUAUGCAGUGUUACGUAGUCUUCAAUAUCUUUGUGCUUUUUGCCGCAGCGUGCGCGGUUCUAUCUUGGUUUCUAACAACAUAGUGAAUGAGCCACGCUAUUCUCAAAUUUCCAUCAAGUGAAACUGUUUAAAUAAAUAUGCGACCUCCAUAUGUAUAUGUGUGUGAGAUGGAGUGGAAAAACUCUUGUCGAGGAACAUCAGCUGGCGUAAUCAGUCAAUCAAGCAAUCAAUAGUUGAGCGCAAGUAAAAAAGGAUUAUGUCGAAAGUUCAAAUACUUUUUCAGAGCUCCGCCAGCAUAAAAAUAAAAUAAAUGUCAAAUCAACUUGGC